AGCCCAUGUAGAGGCACCUACGGCUGGAUCCGUCAUCUUGGCUGGAAUUCUUUUAAAAUUGGGAACCUACGGGUUUUUAAGAUUUUCAAUACCCAUGUUUCCCGAAGCGACACUUUGUUUCACUCCUUUCAUUUAUACUCUAAGCGCGAUUGCUAUAAUAUAUACUUCCUUGACCACUUUAAGACAUAUCGAUCUUAAGAAGAUCAUUGCCUACUCCUCAGUAGCCCAUAUGAAUUUGGUGACUAUUGGUAUGUUUAGUCGGAACAUACAGGGAAUUGGAGGUAGCAUUUUACUUAUGUUAAGUCAUGGACUGGUUUCUUCAGCCCUUUUUCUAUGUGUUGGUGUUCUAUAUGAACGACAUAAGACUCGACUUGUUAGAUAUUAUGGAGGUUUAGUGAGCACCAUGCCAAAUUUCUCUACCAUUUUCUUCUUUUUCACUUUAGCCAAUAUGAGUUUACCCGGCACUAGCAGCUUUAUCGGGGAAUUACUAAUCUUAGUAGGAGCUUUCCAAAUAAAUAGCUUAGUAGCCACAUUAGCUGCGCUUGGGAUGAUUUUAGGCGCGGCGUAUUCCCUUUGGCUAUAUAAUCGUGUGGUUUCUGGAAAUUUAAAACCCGAUUUCCUCUAUAAAUCCUCUGAUCUCAAUGGCAGAGAAGUUUCCAUAUUUCUACCUUUUCUUGUUGGAGUUGUUCGGAUGGGUGUUCACCCCAAAGUGUUCCCGGACUGCAUGCAUACAUCCGUAAGUAACUUAGUGCAACAUGGCAAAUUUCAUUGAGAGGAAUCAGCAAAGAAAAGAAAUCUUCUCCGGGUGAUCAAGUUCCUUUUUCGGUCUGGGCCACGUCUUUGCUUUCUUCAGAGGCCCAUUUUCCUGGGCAUCAGUGAGUGGAAUACUUAACAGUGAUUACAUUCUUAUGUAGAUUCCAUUGCUCGAAUGGGACUU